AUGUGUGCUUACUGGUCGAGGUUGAUCACUCUAUUCCCGCCACCUGUCGCGCGAGUAAAAUUGGAUGAUGAUGAUGCUGAUGAUGAUAUAAGCAUGUUGGAAUUGGUUCUUGCAAUCGAUGUCCCUCUUUGUGAUUCGAAACAAGAAUGGUUGUGGGGUUCUUCUUCUGCUUCGUGGACCAUUAAUCUGAGUAUGAGGCUGGCGUUCAAGGCGAGGGAUAACACCAAGAAGUGUCUAGAAGAGAAGAAAGUGGGAAGCUUAGCCAUACAGAAGGAAAGGGUGUGUGUGUUGGGGGGUGGGGGGAGAAGGAGUAGCUUUCUGGUUCUACAGGUGCCACUCUUAUAA